AUGCCUUGUGAGGUCAGGGAGAAAACCCUCGUCGCUUGGUCUCGUGAACGAGAGGCGGCGGCGACCAGAUCUAGAACUCCUCCGCUGUCCAGCGCUCCGCCCUUCUUCGUCCAACGCUCCACCGUCCCCCGGCCCUCCUCCGGCAACUGGAAGUGGUGCACCCCCCAUCUCCCUCCACCUCCACGCUCCGCCCCUCUGGCGGGGGCGACGGCGACCGAGGUCGUCACCUCUAGAUCUCUCUCCGCCUUGAAGUUCCCUCACCUCCGGCAAAGACGACGGCCAGGAGGUCAUCCUCUUUCACCAAGGUGCCUUGACAUUAUAAGUGUUUUGCUUUAUCCGAAGACGUUGUUUUCAAUUGCUUGGUGCCUUUCAAUUUGUCGUUCAUUGAGAAUAUUUCACUCGGAACAAGAAAGAAUGUUCUUAAUUCUGUUUAUACACAACGUAAUCUAUGGCAGCGCCUAG